CUGCCCGGAAGCUCGAAGCAGUUCCACAUCCGGGGGCCGAUCGCGCCUGCCGCCAGGGCCAUGGCGAACCGGACGGUGAAGGACGCGCACAGCAUCCACGGCACCAACCCGCAGUACCUGGUGGAGAAGAUCAUCCGCACCCGCAUCUAUGAGUCCAAGUACUGGAAGGAGGAGUGCUUCGGCCUCACCGCGGAGCUGGUGGUGGACAAGGCCAUGGAGCUGAAGUACGUCGGCGGCGUGUACGGAGGGAACAUCAAGCCCACGCCCUUCCUGUGCCUGACCCUGAAGAUGCUGCAGAUCCAGCCCGAGAAGGACAUCAUUGUGGAGUUCAUCAAGAACGAAGACUUCAAAUAUGUCAGAAUGCUUGGUGCAUUAUACAUGAGAUUGACUGGCACUGCCAUCGACUGCUACAAGUACCUCGAGCCACUGUACAACGAUUAUCGGAAAAUAAAGAGUCAAAAUAGAAAUGGGGAAUUUGAACUGAUGCAUGUGGAUGAAUUUAUUGAUGAACUGCUCCAUAAGGAACGUGUCUGUGAUAUCAUUUUACCUCGAUUGCAGAAACGUUACGUCCUGGAAGAAGCUGAACAACUAGAGACUCGGGUUAGUGCACUGGAAGAAGAUAUGGAUGAUGUAGAGUCUAGCGAGGAAGAGGAAGAGGAGGAUGAAAAGAUGGAGAGGGCACCCUCCCCUGAUCAUCGCAGGAGAGGCUACAGAGAUUUGGACAAGCCACGCAGAUCUCCAACUGUGAGAUACAGGAGGAGCCGAAGCAGGUCUCCACGAAGGCGAAGCCGCUCACCCAAGAGGAGAAGCCCAUCGCCGCGCCGGGAGAGGCAUCGCAGCAAAAGCCCAAGGCGACACCGGAGCAGGUCCAGGGAGAGACGCCACAGAUCAAGAUCUAAAUCUCCAGGGCACCAUCGUAGUCAUAGACACAGAAGUCAUUCCAAAUCACCUGAAAGAUCAAAGAAAAGCCACAAGAAGAGUCGACGAGGGAACGAAUAAAGGAUGAAUUCCUCUAAGCGAUUUGGGGACCCUGACCCAAAUUCUGCUUGUAGAUACUGUCCCGUUUAUUUUGCAGGACAGGACAGGUGCUGGCUGCUUUAGCAGUCUUUUUUUUUUUUUUAAUCCUCGUUCCAAUCUCCUCUUAUACAAGAAAGUGUUUGGGUUUUUUUUCUAUUAAGAAAAAGCUAAAGUAACUUUUUAAUGUUUAUCCUCCUAGUGGAAUGUGAGGAAUAGCAUGGUUUUUAAAAUGUUUUCUUGAUGGCCUGUGUAAAAAUAGCACAGCAGUGACAAGUCUAAGAUACCCUAUAAUGUUUAUUAAUUUGUUAUGAAAUACCCUUGUUCAUAAAGGCUGCUUCCUGUUUUCUAAAGUAAGUUGUCUGUGUGCAUCUAUACAGACCUGGCUGACUGAACUGAUACAGAAAGACUUUUUUUUAGAUACUCCACUCGUUCAGUUGUUUUUUGGUUAAGAGGCCUAGAGAAGUUGGCAAGAGACUGAAGACCCAACCACAUGUCUAUAACCACCAUUCAUGUUUGAAUAUUUCUUGUGAUAUCAAUCAGCUCUGUCUGUACUUGUAAAUAAAACAAUGGCUUUACACUGAA